AAUGAGUACAAAUGUCGUCGUGAUGCACCACAAAUAAAAAAUUUUGUCGUUGUACCAAUGUGCAGUUUCCAACGUCGUCACAUUCGCAUCGAUACCGACGCAUUGUACACCAUCCUAGCCAGUGCAAAAUUGGUGCCAUUGAAGUGCGGUUUGAAAAAACGCAAAGAUAAAACGACCAAUUCGAUCAACAUAACGAGCAACGAAUUCCGCAGAAAUAAAAUUUUAAGUUGGAAUCUGUUUUUCAAUGUGGAAAAAAUUCAACAACUGGAACAUUUCAAAAAGUAUUUCGAUUUCCAAAUUUGUUCGGACGGUGUGUCUGUUUCGAUGAUGUACAAAAAGCCAAAAUUACCACCACUCGAAAUAAGUGAUGCUGAAAUCAUGAAAAUGUACAAAGGGAACAAAUUGAAGCAUGCUAUUGGCUGUGACCCGGGCAUGAAAACCUGGAACGCUUCAGUGCGUCGUGAUUUGGAUACCAAAGAAGAGGUGAAUUUGCGCAUAUCCAGCAAACGGUAUCACUGGAAUGCGAAACAAGGCCGACGUGAUGCAAAAGCUGAACGAAUCACCCGAUUAUUUACAUACGACGAGAAAGCUGAUCGCAAUCGAGUUGCAGUGACUCUGGGUACAAUGCCAUCGCCAAGAGAAACAUCAUGGCGCUCGUAUAUUGAACAUCGACUACGAGUUAUGAAUGAUGGCAUUGAAACGUACACGUGUAAGCAAUAUGCACGCUUGGGAUUGGACAAGCAUAUCGACUCGGUUCGUGCGAUCGACAAAACGGCUUGCAAACUGACACGCAAUCAACCAUCAAUUUUCUAUAUGGGAGCCAGUGGAUCCACACCAGCCAACUCACCGAUCAAAAUCAAAAAACACGUGCGAUGCCCAGGCACUCGCAAACUGAUUGCAGCCAUCAUGAAACGUGGAAAUUGCAUCAUUCGAAUGGUCGAUGAAUACAUGACAUCACAGCAUUGCCCAUUGUGUUUCAAGCGAUUUCCACAAGAAACUCGACGUGAUCGAUACAAGAAAUGUGUGGGUUGUGUACCAAAUCCAAUUGUUGGACUACCACGAACCAUCGUAACCAAUGUGAGCAAACGAUUACUACAAAUGCGACGAAGAAUUGAACGAAUGUGGCGCGAGAUGCGUGAUAUAGGCGAUGUCAUUGCUGCAACUCUUCGAGAUGGACCGAAUGCAGGUCGUUUGGUGUCAAAGAAGCAACGCUUCUUCAAAACAUGGCUACCAAAUGUUGCAAACGUUGAAAUCGAGGGAGCUGCCGGAGCACAACCACCGCUCACAACUGUAUGGCACCGUGACAUCGCAGCAGCGAAGCUGAUCCUCUACAAAGGUGAAUGCGUUGUGUUCAAGCGGACAAUUCAUCCAAAUGUACGGAGACCACGCCGUGUUGACAACAAUCAGCCAUUGCCGUUGUAUCGAGGUCAGAAUCAGAAUCUGCAGCCGCAGUAGUAGCAGCCCUCAUUCAUCAACAACAACAAUAUCAUUAAAUCAAAUUAUAAUUUAGAAAUUAGUUUAUAACAAUUAUUUGUUAGUCCG